AUGGCUUGUUUACAUCCAGCUAAGUCAUUUGGUAAUUUUGAUAAGAAAAAGGUAAUCAGGUUGGCUGAAUAUUAUCCGAAUGAGUUUGAUAGCAACAAGCUUCGAGAUCUCAGUUGCCUACUUGAUAAUUUCAUAGUGUAUGUUCGAGGUUCUGAUAAGAGAUUUUUCAAUAUGAAGGGUAUUACUGAUCUUGCUAAAGUACUGGUUCAAUCAGAAUUGCACCAGACCUGGCCACUUGUUUAUUUGCUUAUCAAGUUGACUCUUAUUCUUCCAGUUGCUACUGCUUCUGUGGAACGAGCUUUCUCAUCGAUGAAGUACAUCAAAAAUGAACUCCCCAGCAGUAUGAGUGAUGAAUUUUUAAAUGGUUGUUUAGUCUGCUAUGUAGAGCGUGGGAUAUUUGCAACUAUAAGUAAUGAUGCUAUUAUUCAUCAUUUUCAGAAAAUGAAAAGUCGUCGAGCGCAGUUGUGA